AGGAUCGGCAUGGAGGGUGAUGCAGUACGGUGACAAUCCUGGCUUCGAUGAGUCUACAGUGGCAUAUGUUCUGGGCGAGGUCCUACGGGCACUUAUAUACAUACACGACAAUGGCUAUGUCUACAAUAAUCUCAAGGCGUCAUCCAUCCUGUUGGAUACGAACGCAGAGGUCCGUCUCAGAGACUUCCGUGACUGUGUGAGUAUGGUCAAUGGGGGUAUACGCGCACCUGCUGUGCACAAGUACGGGGGAACGGCCGCUACUAUUCC